CCCGCGCAGGCCGCGCUCUACGGCCACCCGGUCUACGGCUACUCGGCGGCGGCGGCGGCCGCCGCGCUGGCUGGCCAGCACCCGGCGCUGUCCUACUCGUACCCGCAGGUGCAGGGCGCGCACCCCGCGCACCCCGCCGACCCCAUCAAGCUGGGCGCCGGCACCUUCCAGCUGGACCAGUGGCUGCGUGCGUCCACCGCGGGCAUGAUCCUGCCCAAGAUGCCCGACUUUAACUCCCAGGCGCAGUCGAACCUCCUGGGCAAGUGCCGCCGGCCCCGCACGGCCUUCACCAGCCAGCAGCUGCUCGAGCUGGAGCACCAGUUCAAGCUCAACAAGUACCUGUCUCGGCCCAAGCGCUUCGAGGUGGCCACCUCGCUCAUGCUCACGGAGACACAGGUGAAGAUCUGGUUCCAGAACCGGAGGAUGAAGUGGAAACGCAGCAAAAAGGCCAAGGAGCAGGCUGCGCAGGAGGCUGAGAAGCAGAAGGGGGGCGGAGGCGCCGGCAAAGGUGGCCUCGCUGAGGACAAGGGGGACGAGGAGCUGCUGGGGCCGCCGGCGACCGGGGACAAAGGCAGCGGACGCCGCAUGCGGGACUUGAGGGACAGUGACCCGGAGGAGGACGAGGACGACGACGACGAGGACCCCUUUCCCUACAGCAACGGCACGAGCGCGCACGCUGUCUCCUCCGACUGCUCGUCCGAGGCCGACUCCCCGCCCCCGCGGCCCGGUGGGCAGGGCCACCAGCCCCCGCCCCAGUAGGGGCCCCGAGUCCUGGGGCUGGUUCAGGCGCCCCGACAGCUCUCCGACGGACCGAGAGAGGGAGGCCCGGCGGGUGCACACGUGAGCUCCUGUCCUUUUUAAUUUAAUUUUGGGUAGUGUUGGGGUGCUGUUUGUGAGAAGACCUGUCGCCACCCGGGGAAGCCCCCACCGCUCCC